UUUAAAAUUAUACAAAGAUUUAUUGCGUUAUGGUGACAAUUUGAAGUAUACAGACAAAGAAUAUUUCCGACACAACAUUCGUAAAAAUUUUAAACAAAAUAAGCAUUUAAUUGAUCAAACAGAGAUUGACUUUCAAUUGCAAAAAGGACAGAAACUUCUACAAAAUCAGCGAGUAUUGUAAAUCUAUAGUUCCUUAUAGUGAAAUUGGACAAACAUAAUUAUAUAUUGUUUACAGCAAUGCUGAAGCUGUUAAGUAGAGCACGUAAUAAUCAAUCUUAUGAUACUCAUAUAUCGCCAUUGAUUGUUCAAAAAAUGUACGGAUUUUUAUGUUGUGAAGUCAAGAACAGUUGGGGUAAUCUAUUAAAUAGCCAGAAACAAAUUCGAUAUAAAUCAUACAAUCGCUUCUUGGAUUAUUCAAAAGUACCCAGGCUAGAAGAAAAUGAUUUACAAGAACAACAUGUUAGAGGAUCUGGACCUGGCGGCCAAGCAACUAACAAGACGAAUAAUGCAGUAAUUUUAAAACACAAACCUACAGGAUUAGUUAUAAAAUGUCAUGAAACUAGAAGUUUAGAACAAAAUAGAAAAACUGCCAGAGAGAGACUGUUAAGAAAAUUAGAUAAUUUAGUAAAUGGUCAGGAUUCUCUGGAAAGUCAAAAGGAACGAUUAAUGAAAAAAGAUUCCAUUAAGAAGAGACAAAAGAAAAAGAAACUCACAGAUUUGAAGAAUGCGUUUAUGGAACGCGAGAACUUAAAAUAAUCGAAAAUAUAAUAUAUUAUUUAAACAAUUUUUUGCUCUAGAUAUUAUGUAAUAUCUUGUCUAAUAAAAUUUAAGUCAAACAAAA